AUGUCUCUGAUUCCGAGCUUCUUCGGCAACCGCCGCAGCAACGUCUUCGACCCAUUCUCCCUCGAUGUUUGGGAUCCCUUCGAGGGGUUUAAUUUCCCCUCCUCCGCCCGUGAAACCACCGCGGUGGCCAACGCCCGCAUCGACUGGAAAGAGACGCCGGAGGCUCAUGUGUUCAACGUGGAUGUUCCCGGAUUGAAGAAAGAGGAAGUUAAGGUGGAGGUCGAAGAUGGUGGAAUUCUGCAGAUCAGUGGAGAGAGAAGUAAAGAGCAGGAGGAGAAGAAUGACAAGUGGCACCGCGUGGAGAGGAGCAGCGGGAAGUUCCUCCGCCGCUUCAGGCUGCCGGAGAAUGCGAAGCUGGAGCAGGUGAAGGCGGCCAUGGAGAAUGGGGUGCUGACUGUGACGGUGCCUAAAGAGGAAGUGAAGAAGCCAGAAGUCAAGGCCAUUGAUAUCUCUGGUUAAAUAAAUAAUAAAUUAUUUUGAAUUUCGGAUUUGAUUUUGGAGUGAGUGUCGUUUUUGUGUGAAUGGGGUGAUUAAGUUGUGUAUUGUGUAAUAUGAUCAAAGAGUGCUGUUAAAUCGUCAAAUAUUAAUAAAAAAGUUUGUUUAAUUACAA